AUGCGUAGAAGAGCUGCAAGCAAAAGGGCACAUAGAGAAUUAGAUGAGCAACUUGGUGUGGCCGUUGCUUUGCUGGAGGAAGAAAACCUGAGCCGCCGUGGUUCACGAGAAGGCCGGGCACUGAAUGUGGACAUACAUAGACAUUCUCGGGUGGAAAAUCUGUACACCAGGGACUACCUGCACAGACCUACGCCUAAGGACCUGCAACGGCUUCUACAAAAAGCUGAGUCUCGUGGAUUUCUUGGAAUGAUUGGUAGCAUUGACUGCAUGUACUGGCAAUGGAAAAAUUGUCCAUUUGCUUGGCAAGAGGAUUAUGGGAAUCGGAAAUGGCAGAAAAGCAUCAUCCUCGAAGCAGUUACUGGUUUUGAUACAUGGGGGUACAGAAAAGAUGUGGAGAGGUGCUUUGGUAUCCUUCAAGCUCAAUGGGCAAUUAUCAGGAGAGCGGCACAUCUAUUUAAUGAGGAGGUGCUUAGGAGUAUAAUGAUGACUUGUAUCAUCCUCCACAACAUGAUCGUGGAAGAUGAGUAUGAUUACGAUGCUGAUGAAGUGUAUGAACCAGAUCCCAUGAACACGAUCUUAACACGAAUUUAUGAAAAACCUAUGGGGCCAAAUGGAGAACCCGUGCAGCAUGAUCCGUUAGUUAGAGACGGUAGUUUCAUGCAUCGGAUGAUUGAGCGCUACACGGAGAUGCAAUCGUCAUAUAUUCAUGAACACCGUCAAAUGGACUUGAUGGAGCAUUUGUAG